ACGUUCCGACGCGGAACCUUUCUUUUGGUUCCGGGCCUCACUGGAGCAAACAUGGCGGCGGAGGGAGACGUCGAUUUGGACCUUGAAGCCGAUGAAAACUGCACAGGAAAACCGGCAGAGAAGCCUCGCAAACAUGACAGCGGAGCGGCGGACCUGGAGAGAGUCACGGACUACGCGGAGGAGAAGGAGAUCUCCAGCUCGGACCUGGAGACGGCCAUGUCAGUGAUUGGAGACAGAAGAUCACGGGAACAGAAAGCCAAACAAGAGAGAGAAAAAGAGUUGGCCAAAGUCACCAUCAAGAAAGAAGACGUUGAACUAAUUAUGUCAGAGAUGGAGAUCUCGCGGUCCGUUGCUGAGCGCAGUCUGAGGGAACACAUGGGGAACGUGGUGGAGGCUCUGGUGGCUCUGACCAACUGAACAAACAUCUUUCACACUGGACUGCUUCAAUCUGCUUCUUUUUUUUUUCCCCCCCUCCCCCGAGUUCAUCAAGACAAUGAGGCUGAACUGUUGUGGUCUAAUCUUUACCCCCCCCAAUCCUUUUUGUUUUCUUGUUUUUUUAAAUAAAAGUUGACCUGCCUCAA